AUGACGUCCCCAAACGCCAGCGCCUUCAGCACUGCCACCAUACGGACAUCGCAGCCAUCGCCCUCAUCGCCUCGCCGCAACCUGCACAUACCCAACGCACAUCCUCGCGUCCUUUCUCCUCGCUCCCGCUCAGGCUCCCCGUCUCCUCUCAGUUCGACCCAGGUUCGCAGCCCCACCCUGCCCGAACCCAGCGCCGGCCCCGACUCGGUCGCAUCCACCUCGACGCAGCCAUUGCAUAGAUCUGCGACCACACCACCAGCAUCGGUCACUGCUCGAGGGGAUCCGCGGAGAAGGAGAAGCAUACGGAGAGACGGCAGCCGCCUUUCGCUCUACCACGAUUGGCCCGGCCAGCCACCGGCCGAGUCGGACGAGAACAACCAUGGGCCAUCACAGCUGCAGCGCCACGACACAGAAGCCGCUCUAGUACACGACCAGAGCGAUGGUCAAGCGGACGCUGCUGCUCCAUCAGCGCCCACGCCAAACCGCAACCCUCUGUGGCGGCGGAUCAAGGAGAGCACCCGGGCACCCCUGACCAGCGCCGAUACCGCCCGAGACUUUUGUGCAAGAGAACGGACGUUCCUCACAUGGCUGCGCCUAUCGAUCCUCCUCUUCAUCCUGUCCGGAUCGUUGUAUCUGCAAGUCCGGCUGCCGCCCUCGUCGUCCUCGCCCGCCUCGUUCGAACCUGUGCCCACCCUGGUCGACGCCGCCCACGUCGAUGCGACGGCCGACACGCCGCGAUCGAGCCGGGCGGUGACGUCGCCGCUCUUUGCGGUUCUCUUCCUCGUCCUCUCGCUGUUCACGCUUGCAGUGGGCCUGGUCGACUACAUCGAGAUGUCGCGCGACAUUGCGAGGGAGCAAGUGUCGUUUGACGAGCUCGGUGGAGGUGCCAUGGGCGUCAAGGUGUACGUCGCCGUGGGCCUCGUCGCCACUUGCCUCGUCGGUAUCGCUCUCGUCCUUCUUUUCAACGCCUAG